AUGACCAGGAGCAGGACAGCCCUCCUCCUGUCAAUGGCCUUAGCUUCUUCUGUCUGCUUCAACUUGGACACAGAGCAGCUGACAACCUUCCAUGUGGACAGUGCUGGCUUUGGGCACAGCGUGGUCCAGUAUGACAACUCCUGGGUGGUGGUUGGAGCCCCCCAGCAGAUAACAGCUGCCAACCACACAGGGGGCCUGUACCAGUGUGGCUACAGCACGGGCGCAUGUCAGCCUAUCCGCCUGCAGGUCCCCCCAGAGGCUGUGAACAUGUCCCUGGGUCUGUCCUUGGCAGCUGCUACCAACCCCUCCCGGCUGCUGGCCUGUGGCCCCACUGUGCACCACGCAUGCAGGGAGAACAUGCACCUGACUGGGAUCUGCUUCCUGCUGGCCGCCUCCUCCCGGCAGGUCCACAGGCUCCCAGCCACCCUGCAGGAAUGCCCAAGGCAGGAGCAGGACAUCGUGUUCCUGAUUGACGGCUCGGGAAGCAUCACCUUCAGCGAUUUUGCCAAGAUGAUGAACUUCGUGAAGGCUGUGAUGAGCCAGUUCCAGAGGCCCAACACCCAGUUUGCCCUGAUGCAGUUCUCCCAUGAAUUCCGGAUACACUUCACUUUCGACACCUUCAUACACAGCUCAGAUCCACUAGGACUGCUGGAUUCUGUACGCCAGCUGAGAGGGUACACGCACACGGCCACAGCCAUCCAAAUGGUCAUACACGAACUGUUCCGUGCCUCAAGUGGGGCCCGCAAGGAUGCCACCAGGAUCCUCAUUGUCAUCACCGAUGGGAAGAAGCAAGGUGACCGCCUGGAUUAUGCGGACGUCAUCCCCACGGCCGAGGCGGCAGGCGUCAUCCGCUAUGCGAUAGGGGUCGGAUCGGCUUUUCAAGCGACAUAUUCCUGGAAAGAACUAAAUGACAUUGCAUCCAAGCCCUCCCAUGAACACAUAUUUAAAGUCGACAACUUUGAUGCUUUGAGGGAUAUUCAAAACCAACUGAAGGAGAAGAUCUUUGCUAUUGAGGGUACGGAGACCAUAAGCAGCAGUUCCUUCGAAUUGGAGCUGUCCCAGGAGGGCUUCAGCGCUGUGUUCACGCCUGAUGGCCCAGUUCUGGGGGCCGUGGGGAGCUUCAGCUGGUCUGGAGGUGCCUUCCUGUAUCCCUCAAAUAUGAGCCCCACCUUCAUCAACGUGUCUCAGGAGUAUGUGGACAUGAGGGACUCUUACCUGGGUUACUCAACCGAGCUGGCCCUUUGGAAGGGGGUGCCGAGCCUGGUGCUGGGGGCCCCCCGCCAUCAGCACGCCGGGAAGGUUGUCAUCUUCACCCAGGUGUCCAGGCAAUGGAGGCCAAAGGCUGAAGUCACAGGGAGCCAGAUCGGCUCCUACUUCGGGGCCUCCCUCUGCUCCGUCGACAUGGACAGAGAUGGCAGUACUGACCUCGUCCUCAUCGGGGCCCCCCAUUACUAUGAACAGACCCGAGGCGGCCAGGUGUCCGUGUGCCCCAUGCCCAGGGGGCAGAGCAGGUGGCGGUGUGAGGUCAUUCUCCGAGGGGAGCAAGGCCACCCCUGGGGCCGCUUUGGGGCAGCUCUGACAGUACUGGGGGACGUGAAUGGGGACAAGCUAACAGACGUGGUCAUCGGGGCCCCAGGAGAGGAGGAGAACCGGGGUGCUGUCUAUGUGUUUCAUGGAGCCUCAGGACUGGACAUCAACCCCUCCCCCAGCCAGCGCAUUGCGGGCUCCCAGCUUCCCCCCGGGAUCCAGCAUUUUGGGCAGUCACUGAGCGGGGGUCAGGACCUCACCCAGGAUGGACUGAUGGACCUGGCCGUGGGGGCCCAGGGGCAUGUGUUGCUGCUCAGGACCAGACCUGUCCUCAGGGUGUGGAUGAACAUACGCUUCACAGUUACAGAGAUCGCCAGGUCUCUGUUUGAGUGCCAGGAGCAGGUGGCCUCUGUCAAGGACCUGGGCGAAGCCAACAUCUGCCUUCAUAUUUACGAAAGUCCCAAGAACCAACUGGGUGACCUCCAAAGCUCUGUGACCUUUGACUUGGCCCUCGACCCUGGCCGCCUGAGUCCCCGUGCCAUUUUCGAGGAGACGAAGACCUGGACUCUGACUCGAGUCCAAGUCCUUGGGCUGGGUCUGCACUGUGAACCCGUGAGGCUGCAGCUCCCGGCCUGUGUGGAGGACUCGGUGACCCCCAUCACCCUGCGCCUCAACUUCUCCCUGGUGGCGCAGCCCAUCCCUUCCUCCAGAAGCCUCCGGCCCAUGCUGGCUGUGGAUGCUCAGAGAUACCUCACAGCCUCUCUCCCCUUUGAGAAGAACUGUGGAGCUGACCACGUCUGCCAGGAUGACCUUGGCAUCUCCUUUGACUUCUCAGGCUUGAAGACCCUGGUGGUGGGGAGUAACCUGGAGCUCAAUGCAGAAGUGACUGUGUGGAAUGAUGGCGAGGACUCCUAUGGAACCACAGUCACUUUCUCCUACCCGGCAGGGCUGUCCUAUCGCCGCGUGGCAGGGAUCCAGAAUCACCCACGGCUGCGCUCCCUGCGUCUGACGUGUGACAGCGCCCCAGAUGGGAGUCAGGACACCUGGACCACCAGAUGCAGCAUCAACCACAUCAUCUUCCAGGGGGGCACCAGGAUCACAUUCUUGGCUACCUUUGACGUCUCCCCCAAGGCUGUGCUGGGUGACCGGCUGCUCCUGACAGCCAAUGUGAGCAGUGAGAACAACACCCCCAGGACCAGCAAGACCACCUUCCAGCUGGAGCUUCCGGUGAAGUACGCCGUCUACACCGUGAUCAGCAGCCACGAACAGUCCACCAAGUACCUCAACUUCUCAGCCUCAGAGCAGGAGGAGAGUGGUGUGGCCAAGCACAGAUACCAGGUGAACAACCUGGGACGGAGAGACCUGCCUGUCAGCGUCAACUUCUGGGUGCCUGUGGAGUUGAACAGGGCAGCUGUGUGGAUUAAGGUGGAGGUCUCCUGCCCCCAGAACCCGUCCAUUCAGUGUUCCUCGAAGAGAAUAUCUCCCACAGAGUCCAACUUCCUGACUCACAUUCAGAAGAAUCCUGUGCUGGACUGCUCUGUUGCUGAGUGUCUGAGGUUCCGCUGUGACAUCCCCUCCUUUGGCGUCCAGGAAGAGCUUGACUUCAUCCUGCAGGGCAACCUCAGCUUCGGCUGGGUCAGCCAGACACAACAGAAGAAGGUGUUGGUUGUGAGUGUGGCUGAAAUCACUUUUGACACAUCUAUGUACUCCCAGCUUCCAGGACAGGAGGCGUUUGUGAGAGCCCAGAUGGAGACGGUGCUGGAGAAGUAUGAGGUCCACAACCCCAUCCCCCUGAUCGUGGGCAGCUCCGUGGGAGGUCUGCUGCUGCUGGCGCUUGUCACAGCUGCACUCUACAAGGCUGGCUUUUUCAAACGCCGGUACAAGGAAAUGAUGGAGGAAGCAAAUGGACAGGUUGCUCCAGAAAAUGCGACAUCAGACUCCCAACUUGCCCAGUGA